AUGAGUAAGCUUCAGGCUGAGGCUGUUAGAGAAUCCAUCUCAACAAUCAAGGGAAAAAGCGAGGAGAAAAAACGUAACUUUGUGGAGACUGUGGAGCUUCAGAUUGGUUUGAAGAACUACGACCCACAAAAGGACAAGCGUUUCAGUGGAUCCGUCAAGCUCCCACACAUUCCUCGCCCCAAAAUGAAGAUCUGUAUGCUUGGAGAUGCUCAGCAUGUUGAGGAGGCGGAGAAAAUGGGACUAGACUACAUGGAUGUAGAGGCGUUGAAGAAGCUUAACAAGAACAAGAAGCUUGUGAAGAAGCUUGCGAAGAAGUACCAUGCUUUCUUGGCUUCUGAGUCUGUUAUUAAGCAGAUUCCUCGUCUUCUUGGACCUGGUUUGAACAAGGCAGGAAAGUUCCCAACGUUGGUGAGUCACCAAGAGUCGUUGGAAGGGAAGGUAAAUGAGACGAAAGCGACAGUGAAGUUUCAGUUGAAGAAAGUGUUGUGUAUGGGUGUUGCUGUUGGUAACCUUUCAAUGGAAGAGAAGCAGCUCUUUCAGAAUGUGCAGAUGAGUGUUAACUUCCUUGUCUCGCUCUUGAAGAAGAAUUGGCAAAACGUGAGGUGUUUGUACUUGAAGAGCACCAUGGGACCACCACAAAGGAUCUUUUGA